AUGCCGAGCAAGUUCCUGCGGCUGCUCUUCGCCGGUGCGCCGGGUGUGGGGAAGGGGACUUACUCCAGUCGCGCAGCCGCGUCGCUUGGCUGCCACGUUGUCUCCAGCGGGGACCUUCUGAGGAAGGAGGUGGCUGAGGGCACGGCGAUUGGCAAGCAGGUGAAGGACUUGAUUGAAAAGGGCGUCUUUGUUCCUGAUGAGCUCAUCGCAAAGAUGAUGGUGCAGCACAUCGCCUCGCUGUCAGCUGACAAGGAGUGCCCAAGUGGGUACAUCUUGGACGGGUACCCGCGCAACAUCUCGCAGGCAGAAGCGCUGUGGUCGUCUGGGGACAUCAAGAUCGACCACGUUAUCAAUCUCACUCAGCCCCGCAACGUGAUCAUCAAGAAGCUCUCGUCACGCCGCUCUUGCCCAGACUGCGGGUUUGUGUACAACCUCGCCUCUAUCGACGAGGGAGGGAUUAAGAUGGACCCCCUCAAACCCAAGGUGGAUGGCGUGUGCGACAAGUGCGGCUGCACGAAGCCCCUCAUCACUCGCAAAGACGAUGAAAUCGAGGUUGUGACGAAGCGUCAGGACGAGUACAGCGCCGUGGCGAUGCCGCUCCUGCGCUUUUACAAGGAGAAGGGUGUCUUACACGAGUUCCCGGUACUGGGUGGUACAACGGUGUACUUGCCGAUGCUGCUCGAGCUCAUCUCUGCGUUGGGCUAG